UUGUCUUCGAAAGAGCUGUAUUAUGAUGUUGCUCAUGCUGUUACUACUCAAAUUCUAAUAGUUUGCGUUUUAUUUUCAAUCGUUUUUAGUCCAGAUAAUGUUGUCCAAGUUCUAUUUGAUCCCGAUAAAACCAAUGGUGCCAAAGCUGCUGCUUUAAAUUGGAUUAGAGAGCUUGCAAUUGAAAUUGUCACUUUGUAUAUGGCACGAAGUUGGGGUGAUGAUCUGCCAGCCGAAAGUGAACCUACAUGGCGUCCGCGUCGAGUAGUUGAUUUAGAUGGACAGACUCGUUCAGAUAGAAGGCAAAGACUUAUUAGGUGGGAUAGGAGAGGUCCAAAUGAAAUUUUUCAUCAUGGUUUUAUACCUCACGUCACAAAUGAACGCCCUUCUUUUGAGGAAACUAACCUAUUCUCAUAUGCACAAUCAAACGUCAGUUCAUUUUUUGUAUCGACAAGUAAAACGCGAUUUUACCAAAAUGGUACAAGAAGAGACGUGUGGACACCAAGAACAUCUAGAAUUAAUACAAUAUAUCAAUAUGAAAUUUAUGCACCAGGAGGUAUUGAUGUGAACGAGUCUUUCGGAAACAGGUCUCCAUGGCCUAAUCAAGAGGAAGUAGCAUUUCCUGGAGGGAUUAGGAGAAGAUAUGUUCGAUCUGUAAGAGAGUUUAGGGAUGGUCGUAUACGGAGAGUAUGGAUCAAUUCAGGGUUUUCGAAUCUAACGGGCCUAACUCCAAUAAGAACGCAACGUAAAACUCCUCAAAUAUUGUGGAAAGGGAAACAUCCUGAUGGGGAUAAUCAAGACCCAUCAACUCUAGUGAAUCAGAAUCCCGAUCAUGAUAUGGCUGGAUCGAAUGGUGAAGUUAUAGAAGAUACAUUUGAAAAUGAGGAACACCCUAGGAUUAUUCCAGAUGGUGAAUAUAAAAUUGCAAGCAGCAUCAAUCGAAAUGUAGUAGCAGACCUAAGUCCUGGUGCUGACUCACCUGUCCAUGCAUGGCAAUGUUUUGGGCUGAAUAACCAGAAAUGGAAUUUUAUUUAUGAUGAUGAUAAAAAAGCAUAUAUAAUAACCAGCUCUGAAGAUCCUAAAAUAGCAUUAACAUGGUGGACACAAGAUGGUAGAGCCGUUGGGUGGACUUUUGUCAAUGAGCUUACACAGUAUUGGCGUGUCGAACGAACAGAAGAUGGAUAUGAUAAGCUCAAUUCAUUACAUGAUUUAACUAGAGUGUUAGAUUUGGAUAGAGCUGAGACUAGUAAUGGCAAUAAAAUUGUAUUAAACCAAGAGCAUCCUGGUAACACGCCUAACCAAAAAUGGAUAAUUAGUCCCAUUUAUCAUGGCACAGUUCAAGACGGUGAAUAUAAAAUUGCAAGCAGCAUCAAUCGAAAUGUAGUAGCAGACCUAAGUCCUGGUGCUGACUCAUCUGUCCAUGCAUGGCAAUGUUUUGGGCUGAAUAACCAGAAAUGGAAUUUUAUUUAUGAUGAUGAUAAAAAAGCAUAUAUAAUAACCAGCUCUGAAGAUCCUAAAAUAGCAUUAACAUGGUGGACACAAGAUGGUAGAGCCGUUGGGUGGACUUUUGUCAAUGAGCUUACACAGUAUUGGCGUGUCGAACGAACAGAAGAUGGAUAUUACAAGCUCAAAACUUUACAUGACCCAACUAAAGUGUUAGAUUUGACUGGAGCUGAGACUAGUAAUGGCAAUAAAAUUGUAUUAUACCAAGAGCAUCCUGAUAAUACACCACACCAAAAAUGGAUAAUUAGUCCUAUUUCUUAUCAAACGGUUCCAGACGGUGAUUAUAAAAUUGCAACUAGUAUGGAUGAAAAUGUAAUAGCAGACUUAAGUAAUGACGGCGACAGAUCCGUCCACGCUUGGCAAUAUGUGGGACUGAAUAACCAGAAAUGGAAUUUCCAUUAUGAUAAUAAUAAAAAAGCAUAUAAAAUAAUCAGCUGUAAAGAUUCUAAAAUAGCAUUAACAUGGUGUACCGAAGAUGGUAGAGCAGUUGGGUGGGCUUUUUCUAGCCUGCUUACCCAAUAUUGGCGAAUUGAACGAACAGAAGAUGGAUAUUAUAAACUCAAAUCUUUAAAUGACCCAAGUAAAGUAUUAGAUAUGGCUAGAGCUGAGACUAGUAAUGGCAAUAAAAUUGUAUUAUACCAAGAGAAUCCUGAUAAUACACCACACCAAAAAUGGGCUUUAGCGAGAAUAAACACAGCUAUUGUGCCAAAUGGAGAGUAUAGGAUCGCAACUAAAAUUAUGCAUACUAAGGUUAUAGAUUUUGUUGCGGUGACUUUCAAUUUAAUGAUAACUGAUAAUUUUAAUUUAGUAACAUCCUAUUGGCGAUUGGAGUAUGAUACUACAAAAAAUGCUUAUAAAAUAUUUACAAAGAAAUAUGUACAUUCCGGAUUCUAUUUUCAAAAUUCUAACUCCGAUCUCAAGGUAGAUAAAAUAGACAAUUCUAGUGACUUAAGGUCUUAUUGGACAAUAGAGUACAAUGUACGUAGAGGUGGCUAUUUAAUCAGGAGUUUACACACUCCAACUCAAGUUCUAGAUUUGAAAAAUAGUGGUAUAACGCAUGGCACUCCGAUCGUAAGCUAUUCUGUCAAUAAUUAUAAUAACCAACUAUGGAAUUUAAUUCCUAGCUAGGCUAUGCAAUGAAAACGAAUAUAUAUCUGAUUACAGACAUAUCUAAUGAUAAUAAUGAAGAAUAAUAAGUGUGAAGUAAACACACAUAUUUAUAGAUUUUUUAUACAAUAUUUACGUGAGUGCAUUGUCUUCCCCUUUUCCCUUUUGACCUUUAUUAUAUUCAUGAAAUGAAUGAAAUCUUGUGGUUUUUAACGGUGAUCAGAUGUAUAUCGAUGUAUAUCACUGAUUCAUACCUUUUUCCCACCAAAUAAAUUUUAUAAAAAUAUUGUAUAACUCAAAAGAUUCAGCCAGUUUUGGCGGUGAA